UUGGAUGCUUCUGGCAGCCAUACAAAUCUAGCACCACCCAGGGAGGGAGCCUGUUUGCCUCUGCUCAUUCCUGCCAGGGUAGAGGAAUGCUGGACACCCAGAGACAAGGGAGGCUGCAGCUCGCCGCACCCCAAUCCCACACUUUGGGCUUCAUCCUUUUGCAACACACAGAUGUCAGAGACUGAGUUGGAAAAGAUAAAAGUAAGACCGGCAGAGCAUUUUGAAAAUGACAAAAAUAACAUUGCUUGGUUAAAGGAAGAUAUGCAACUCAGAAAUGAAAAGCAUACAGACGAGAAACCUAUUAAUGCUAUCGUUAUAAAUUCAGUAUCCGAAUUCAAUAUCACAGAUGGACCAGCCCAGGAAACCUCCAAUGAGAAAAGCCUGUCAGGAUCAAGCACUUCACUCUCUUCCCUCGAAGAAUGCCAAACGAAAUUUCCCUACCUCCAAACUAAUACUUCAGCUCAUCGGAGAGAUGCUGAUGAGGAGUGUGCCUCCCUGAUCCUCGCCUGUCUCUUCUGCCAGUUCUUGGACUGCCUCCUCAUGCUCCCCGACACGUGUGAAACCGUCUGCAUCAACCUAUGCUGCCCCUCUCACAGGUACUACUCCGCCUCAGACGAGAGCCAUCCGCGCAAUGAUUGCAACUUGUCCUGUGACAUGGACUGUAGCCUCUUUGAAUCCUGCCAUGAGACCAGCGAGUGCUUGGAGCUGGCCAUGGAGAUAUCAGAAAUCUGUUACCGCUAGUACAAGGAGGGCUGAGCAUGCAGGUGGUCCUUUUGGCCGCGGUGGGGAAUUCUAUUACAGCGCACCUGAGAUAAGAGCUCCAUGUGUCCAAAUGCAGGGACCAUACAUGUUUCUUGGAUGCUCUUGGCCAUUUCAUGCUGCACCUGUCUAGGAAAGCUACUAUUGUCAACUCGGUGGUCUUGUUCCAAAUUUCACAACCGCAUGGCUCCCUGCAAAAUAUAAUCCUUGAUCACACACAUGACUGAACAAAUCUCAAAUACCUCUUGAAUGCCGUAGGUAGAAGACGUCUCUUGACUGUUAAACAGCAUGCGAUACCACUCUUCACUCUUGAUUCGGCAGCCUGCAUCGUGGCUCCGACUUCAUUCACGAAUUCAGGACAAAUUUUGCUUUCCUGUAGGCUCAACACACAUUACUUAUCUUUCUGAUGGACUCAUGCAUAAACAUGAUGCAUUAUUGGUUAUUAUUAAUAAUGUAUUGUGUAACAUCAUUUUGUAAUUAAAAAUUUAUUUAUACAGUCUCUUAAAAUUCACUUAUAUGUACAGUUUAGGCAGGAGAGGGAAUUAAAUGAAUCAGAAACCGUGUUCUUGUAAUGAAAGCAGAUGUUUUUUGAAACCUCUCCAAUGAAUCUUGAAUCUGGUCGACUUCAGGCGAGCCCUGUAAUUCUAGACCAUAUCAUUAUAUGUCUGUGGCUGCAUCCUAAGAGGUCAUGCAAAUUCUUAAUUUUUACAAAGAGAUGCUUCUUUAUUCCAAUAAAGCAAAAAUGAGAGCCACUUGCAUGAUUCAGGAAUGUGAUCGAUGAUAACUGCAUCUUUGCCUUCCUCACUUCUGUUUGUUAGGUAGGAUAAGCAACAGGAUAUUAAAAAGAAAUCAGUUCAUUUUACUAAACUCGCACAUGUACAGACACCUGAAAUAAAUACACAUGCAGGGCCUUGCUCAGCUCACAUUUCCCAAUUCCGCAUGCACACUUUGGAAACCAUCAUUCUUCAUUUUGUUCUUCUGCUAAUAAACUAACUGACAAUUCCAUUGAAAACUUCUGUUCCCUAACACUGCGGCAAAAGGCACGAUGUAUGCUACAAUGUUACUUUCGAGUCAAAAUACAAAAGUAGCAGGAAGUCUAGGGUGGCUGAACUUGGGAAACUCUACCCUCUGUAGGAGUGACACACUGAGAGAAAUACUUCAUAGACACACAUGUGUAUAUUCCUAUGGCUAGAACACAGUGUGUUUCAUGGGAACUGGACAGUGUUGUAGCAACCCAACAGAGCAGACAGCUGAAAGUAGGCCUGAGAGACACUCCUGUGGACUAAAAGAACAGCCACUGGGGCAGUCCGAAAUUAACUGUUUGGGGUUUGCGUUGUUUUAUUCUCCUGCUUUGGGUGAUUUCAGACAAAAGUAACGUUUGUUUGUAUAGUAAGAAAACUAGCAAUUUUUUUUCUAAUGUGUAAUAAAUUUUCCAACAUUGGACAGAAUUAAUCUUAAAAACUACUGCUGAGCUGCCUUGAGAUAGUAUUUCGCUUCCUCUCUUAGCUUUCUCCUGGCAGUAGGGUAUAUCCGUGGUUAAUGCCAGCUUUUUUCUUGUGUGACUGUUAUGUUAUCCACAGACCACACAGUAUGAGAGUAUAUGCCAUCCUCAGCCCAAAACAUUUCUUUUUCUCCACCUUUCAUAAGCUCAAAGGCACAACUCUAGACUCUAUGCACACAAUUCACAGAUCAUUAAAAAAUAAUGGGGCAGGCAUGGUGGUACCUACCCGUAGUCACAGUACAUAGGAAAUCAAAUCAGUGCUAUCAGCCAUUCAAGAUACAGAGCAAGUUGGAGGCCAACCUGGACAACAUUAGAUGUGUCAUUAAGAUAAAAACAAAAACAAAAACAAAAAACUUACAAAGGAAGUCCCAAGAAUGUGUGGAUCCAAGAUAGCAUGUUGAGUUUGUGACAGUCAGGAUCCUAGCUCAGGGUCUGACUCUGCUUUCUUACCUGAUAGUUUUUGCUUGUUAACAUCACAAACCCUAAAACACUACCACCCUGAUGACAGAUAGUAGUGACCUUGAACCAGACCCACAGGGGUCUCUGGGAUCCCAUCCUGACACAGUGCUGAUCUCAUUGUUCAGUCCAUUGUAUUCAUUUUUAAUGUUUUAUGAUCAGGCCCUUAUUAUUUCUCAACUAUAUACCCUCAGUUUAUGUAAAGGUUGUGCACUUCAAAUAUGAAUUCAAUGCUUGUUGUUUAGAGACAUAAAAAUCAGCAGUUCUUAUUUGACGGCAUUGUCAGGACCCUCUAAAAUCCCCCCGUGGCCUUGCUUUCCACAGUUUGUUAAUUCGUUUCUCACUCUGAGAAUUCAUCAUGCUCUAGCAGAAGGGGUGGGUUAUACAAAGUGUGAAAUUUCUUUUCUUUAUA